AAGCUGAAGGGGUCCUUUAAUUCUGAUGGCGUCUUAGUGAAGAUGUUGUGAAUAAUUUUAUAUACUUUUUUUAUAUGUUUAAUUUAAUGCUCAUAAAUCUGUACAAAUGCGUAGCUCGUAUUUUAAGCCGCAAAAUGGCUCCAACUACAAAUACACUAAGUUAAAAGCUUCAAGUCAGUUUAAAACUGACUCACCUAGCAAGUCAGUUGCAAUGUCCCAGAAACCCCAGAAAAAUGCCCAAACUGCACAUUACAUCGAGCUGGGAGGUUACCAGUACUGGCCUGUACUGGUGCCCAGAGGCAUCAGACUGUACACGUACGAACAGAUCCCGGUUUUCCUGAGAGAAAAUCCAUACAUCACAGACGGAUACAGAGCCUACCUGCCAUCCAGGCUGUGCAUCAAGAGCCUCUUCAUCCUAUCCAAUGAGACGGUGAAUAUCUGGAGCCAUCUGUUGGGCUUCCUGCUCUUCUUCUGCAUCGGCGUGUACAACAUGGCGUCGGUGCUGCCCUCCAUCCAUGCCUCCAAGGAGGAUUACGUCAUCUACUCCAUCGGGCUGUUCUGCUUCCAGCUGUGCAUGCUCUGCUCCGUGGGUUACCACCUGUUCUGCUGCCACCGCUCGGAGAAGACCAGCCGCCGCUGGAUGGCGCUGGACUACGCCGGCGUUUCCAUCGGCAUUCUGGGAUGCUACGUUCCAGGAGUGUUUUACACUUUCUACUGUAACAAUUACUGGCGGCAGGUUUACCUGGUGACGGUCCUGGCCAUGAUCCUGGCCGUCUUCUUCGCCCAGAUCCAUCCUCUCUACCUCAGUAAGCAGUGGAAGCAGCUGCGCUCGCUCAUCUUCUGCUCUGUGGCCGGCUACGGCCUCAUCCCGACGCUCCACUGGAUCUGGAUCACCGGAGGAUUCUCCUCACAGCUUGUCCAGGCUUUUGUUCCACGGAUCCUUGGGAUGUACUUCAUCGCAGCGUUGGCGCUCAUUUUCUAUGUUUCUAAGGUUCCAGAGCGAUAUUUCCCAGGCCAGCUGAACUACCUGGGCUCCAGCCACCAGGUGUGGCACCUGCUGCUGGUUCUGAUGUUCUACUGGUGGCACCAGUCGUCGGGUUUCAUCAUGGCGUACAGACACAGUCAGCCGUGUCCCGCCGCUCCUCAGCACACUUAGUUCACAGCGCGACACGCCGAGUCUCUGAACGAAUGACCUUUGACCCGGUGGGCUUGCAUUUUACCUGCCUGAGGAGCAAGAUGGUCAGUGGCGCUGCAGCACAGGAAACGAGGUGACAUGAAUGCAUCAUAAAAAUCCCCAACAGGAACAAAUUAACAGGAAGCUCCUGAACUUCCUGGUUCUCCAAGUGCCUGUAAAUGAUGUAGCAUCAAAUGUUUCUGAAUGGGGAAACUUAAAUCUGCAGAUUUUUUGAUAUUUGAUAUGUUUUAACAAUAUCAAGAAGCAAAAAGUGAGCAUGUUAAAGCAAUUAAAACCCCAAAGACUUGUUGUUCA